AUGAAGCCUUCGCAGAGCUCGCACAUUGAAAAUCCACCUCUCUCCUCCGAUAUAUCUAACAAGCGCAAGCUUUACAGUAACUUCAGCAACGACCCGAGCUCAAGCUCCCAAAUCCCACCUCCGAUUCUCCACCCACACGAAGGUUCACCGAAGAGAUUGAAACUAUCGAGCUCCUCAGGGCACACCGCAGCCAUGAGUAAGGUUAUGGGAAGGAUGCAGAUGAGGGCUCCCGGGGAUAUGAUAAGGACGGUACCUUCAGGAUUUGAACCACACAAGGGGGCGAAGGUGUUAAAAAUCAAGAAUCUGAGGACGACACAGAAGGUAGACAUUGAAGAAUACUAUGACAGAACAUGGUCGCAACUAGAUGCUGCUGUUACGGCGACAUUCAAUGGACGACCGACAGCACUGCCUUUGGACGUGCUAUGCCGUGGAGUUGAAGCGACAUGUCGUAGGGGAAGGGCAGACAAACUUGCAGCACAUCUUAAGGAGAGGUGCAAAGCCCACCUUGAGAAGGAUGUUCUACCAGUGAUUGAGCGAGAUGCGGGAUCAAGUAAUGUGGAAGCUCUCCGAGCGGUCUAUUCCCACUGGAUUACGUGGAAUGCUCAGUCGGUCCUACUCCGUAUGAUCUUCAGUUUUCUCGAUCGCUCAUACCUUUAUAAUUCGAAAUCCCUGUCACAGCUUGAAGACCAAGGAAUACAGCAGUUCCGGCAUGCCGUGUUUUCGAAGAGUAAAAGUAGCGUUGAUGGUAAAUCAUUGGGCGGCAGGGUAGUUUUAGGGAUCUGCGAUCUUGUAGGAUAUGAUCGAACCCGACACCCCGAAUUCGAUUCGAACCUUCUGAAAGAAUCAAUAUUGAUGUUUCACGUUUUUGGCAUCUUCGGAAAAUCUCUGGAGCCGAAAUUCAUGGAGACUUCAAGGUCGUAUUUCGAGGGUUUUGUGAAAGAUCGAAGUAAUUCGAGCAUGAAGGAUUAUGUGCUGGCAUGCGAUCAUCUGUUGGAGCGUGAGGCCUCGCGCUGCGACAAAUACAAUUUUACGAGCAUAUCAAAGAGAAGCCUCCUAGAUAUCGCGCACCAGACUUUGAUCGAAGACUGUUCGGGCAUUUUGCUCGACGCCCAGGGAUUGUCGAAACUCAUUGAUUCUAAUGCCAUGGAUGCGCUGAAAGUGCUUUAUUCUCUGCUCAAACUUUCGGACUUACAGCAAAAACUCAAGAAACCCUUCGAGGUCUACGUCAAAAACGUGGGAUCAACUAUUGUGCAAGAUAAAGAUAAGAUUGAUGAGAUGGUGGUUCGGCUACUCGAGUUGAAAAGGUCAUUAGACGUCGUCAUAAGAGACGCAUUUGCCAAGGAUCAGACAUUCACAUAUAGUCUUCGAGAAGCUUUCAGUAAUUUCAUCAAUGACAAGAAAAACACAAUGGCAUGGGGAACCAAUAACUCCAAAGUUGGUGAGAUGAUCGCGAAAUAUAUUGACAUACUCCUCCGUGGUGGACUCAAAGCAGUGCCGCGGUCACUUCUCUUCGACGCCAAGGAUCGCGAAAAUGCUGAAAAACAAGGAGAAGCAAGUGCAGGCGACGAAGAUGCUGAACUCGAUCGCCAAUUAGAACAGGCUCUCGAGCUGUUCCGAUUCAUCGAGGGGAAGGAUGUUUUCGAGGCUUUUUACAAGAAAGAUCUUGCUCGACGUCUACUUAUGGCUCGUAGUGCAAGUCAGGACGCCGAACGCAAUAUGCUUGCUAAACUCAAGGGCGAGUGUGGAUAUGGGUUUACACAUAAUUUGGAAACCAUGUUCAAGGACCAGGAACUUGCUCGAGAGGAAAUGGUUGCGUAUAAGCAAUCGCUCAGCAAUACGAGCAAGACAAUCUUGGAUUUACAAGUCAACGUUCUCACUGCCUCAGCCUGGCCGAAUUAUCCAGAUAUCAAAGUCAAUCUCCCACCAGAAGUCGCGAAACACAUUGAGAAGUACGACAUGUACUACCAACGAAAGCACACUGGUCGACGCCUCACCUGGAAACAUGCACUUGCACAUAGUGUUGUAAGGGCAAGAUUCGACAAAGGAGCACCAAAGGAGCUCCUCGUUUCCGGAUUUCAGGCAAUCAUACUGGUACUAUUUGGCGAAUUAAAGGAGGGCGACAACCUUUCUUACGAAGACAUCAAGGCGGCUACCGGUUUUGUUGACGUCGAGCUGCAGCGUACUUUGCAGUCCCUGGCUUGCGGUAAAUUCCGUGUUCUGACGAAGCAUCCCAAGGGUCGUGAUGUUGAUCCUACAGACACUUUCACAGUUAACACGAAAUUUGUCGAUCCCAAAGUUCGGAUCAAGAUCAAUCAGAUUCAAUUGAAAGAGACCAGCGAGGAAAACAAGGAGACCCAUGAGCGCGUCCAUCAGGAUAGGCAGUACGAGACUCAAGCAGCGAUUGUUCGGAUCAUGAAAAGUAGGAAGACAAUGGCCCAUUCGAAUCUUGUCGCAGAAGUCAUUUCUCAGACAAAAGCGAGAGGAGCUGUCGAUCCGAGUGAGAUCAAGAAGAACAUCGAAAAACUCAUUGAGAAGGAUUAUAUCGAGCGUGAGGGUAGCUCAUAUGUUUACCUGGCAUAA